AUGGUUCCUAAAAUCAAGAAAAGCGUCACGCACGCCGACGAGGUGCAGAUUGCUCAGGCCGAAGCACCAGAGCUCGAAAGAGUCAACUGGCUGCAAGAUCCUGGGUUGAGGAAGCUUUACUUCUACGCGGCCAUCAUUUGUGUGGCUUCCGCGACAACCGGCUAUGAUGGCUCUAUGUUAAACAACAUCCGUAUUCUAGAUCAAUGGAAGGACUACUUUGACGACCCCCAAGGCUCGAAUCUGGGUCUCUUGACCGCCUUGUACAGUAUUGGAUCUAUUGCGAGCUUGCCUGUGGUACCCUUCGUCGCUGACCAUUUUGGUCGCAAGGUGGCCAUCGUCGCUGGUUGUAUUAUCAUGAUCAUUGCUGCAGCGAUUCAAGGCGCUUCUCAGAAUCUCGCCAUGUUCAAGGGUGGCCGGUUCCUCAUGGGUUUCGGAAACAGCAUGGCCCAACUGUCUUCGCCUUUGCUGCUGACUGAACUGUGCCAUCCUCAGCACAGAGGCCGUAUUACUGCCAUUUACAAUUGCCUGUGGAACUUGGGGUCCAUCAUCAACACCUGGCUGUCCUUCGGCACCAAACACAUCCCAACCGAAUGGUCGUGGAGAAUCCCAACCAUCGUCCAGGGCGCGCCGUCCAUUAUCCAGAUUAUCUUCAUCUGGUGGAUCCCAGAGUCACCCAGGUGGCUGAUUUCGAGAGACCGCUCGGACGAGGCUCUCGCGAUCCUGUCCAAGUACCACGCCAACGGCAACGACCUCCACCCUACAGUGCAGUUCGAGUACGCCGAGAUCAAGGAGACGCUCCGCCUGGAAUUUGUCGCCAAGAAGUCGUCCAGCUACCUCGACUUCCUCAAGACGCGCGGGAACCGGUACCGACUGCUGCUGAUCGCGUCGCUGGGUCUGUUCUCGCAGUGGUCUGGUAACGGGCUGGUGUCGUACUACGCGACCGACAUCUACAACUCGAUCGGCAUCACCAACUCGGACACGCAGCUGGGCCUCAACGGCGGGCUGGCCAUCAUGUCGCUGAUUGUGUCUUGCACGUGCGCGCUGCUGUGCGACAAGGUCGGGCGACGGCCGCUUUUCCUGGCCGCCACGGCGGGCAUGCUGGUGUGCUUCACCAUCUGGACCAUCUGCUCCAGCAUCUACCAGGACCACCACAACAAGGGCGCCGGCCAGGCCGUGGUGGCCUUUAUCUGGAUCUUCAACUUUUCGUACGCGCUCGCCUGGUCCGGCCUGCUGGUCGCGUACACGGUGGAGAUCCUGCCGUUCAAGAUCCGCGCAAAGGGCCUUAUGGUCAUGAACUUUUGGGUCCAGGUCGCACUGGUUAUCAAUCAGUACGUGAAUCCUUUGGGAUUUGACCACCUGAAGCCGAACUGGAAGCUGUAUACCAUUUACACUUGUUGGAUCGCCCUGGAACUCGUCUUCGUCUACUUCCUGUACGUCGAGACCAAGGGCCCCACGCUCGAGGAGAUUGCCAAGAUCUUCGACGGGGAGGACGCCGAGGUCGGCAUCGUCGAUGUCGACAUCGACCCCAAGACCAGGGCUGUGCUGGCCUCGGGCACCGAGAAGCUGGACGCAGCCGCCGUGGUCGAGCAUCGGAGCGUCGUUUGA